AGAAAAGAAAAUGGCGACGAGCAGCAGCCUUGGCCUCUCCACAUCCUUCCUCCCCGGCCACGACACCCGCCUCCGCCGCCGGCGCCGGCCGGCGGGGACCUCCGCCGCGUCGUUCCGGCCGGCGGCGGAGCUCGGGGCCGAGGUGGGGCGGCAGCUGGUGGAGGCGGUGGGCGUGGGGCUCCCCUGCACCGUGAUGGCCUGCGGCGACGUCAUCUACCGCAGCACGCUGCCCCACAACGACGGCCUCACCAUCACCGCGGGCGGAACCGCGCUCGCGCUCGCCGCCGCGUCCUACCUCUGGGCCACCCCCGGCGUCGCCCCGGGCUUCUUCGACAUGUUCGUCCUCGCCUUCGCCGAGCGCCUCUACCGCCCCACUUUCCGCAAGGACGAUUUCGUGCCCGGGAAGAAGCUUGGGGAGGGCGCGUUCGGGGUCGUGUACAAGGCGUCGCUAUCUGACCCCAAAGCAGCGGAGAAGCAAGGUGCUGUGGUGGUGAAGAAGGCAACAGAAUAUGGCGCAGUAGAGAUAUGGAUGAAUGAGCGUGUCAGGAGGGCAUGUGCUAGCAGCUGCGCGGAUUUUCUUUACGGCUUUCGUGAGAAAAAAGCAAAAGGUAAGGGAGAUGAAUACUGGCUUAUUUGGCGCUAUGAAGGUGAGGACACACUUUCUGCUCUCAUGCAAAGUAAGGAGUUCCCCUACAAUGUUGAGACUAAGAUUCUCGGAAAUGUUCAAGAUUUGCCAAAGGGAAUAGCGAGAGAGAAUAAGAUUGUUCAAACGGUGAUGAGACAACUCUUGUUUGCUCUUGAUGGGCUUCAUUCUACAGGGAUUGUGCACAGGGACAUAAAACCCCAAAAUGUGAUAUUUUCAGAAGAUUCCCGUACUUUCAAAAUUAUUGAUCUUGGAGCAGCAGCUGAUUUACGAGUCGGCAUCAACUAUAUUCCUAAGGAGUUUCUUUUGGAUCCAAGGUAUGCUGCUCCAGAGCAAUAUAUCAUGAGCACACAAACACCAUCCGCUCCCUCUGCUCCAGUUGCAACUGCUCUAUCUCCAGUUCUGUGGCAGCUGAACCUUCCUGACAGAUUUGACAUAUACAGCUUGGGCAUCAUAUACUUGCAGAUGGCAUUUCCAGCACUGAGAACUGACAGCAGCCUGAUACAAUUUAACCGCCAACUGAAGAGAUGUAACUAUGACUUGGAAGCUUGGAGGAAUUUGGUAGAACCACGAGCUACUCCAGAUCUUCGGAGGGGUUUUGACAUCUUGGAUUUAGAUGGUGGUAUCGGAUGGGAACUCCUGACGUCGAUGGUCCGGUACAAAGCGCGGCAAAGGACCAGCGCCAAGGCUGCAUUGGCGCAUCCGUAUUUUAACAGUGAAGGGCUCCUCGGCCUCUCAGUGAUGCAGAACUUGAGCCUGCAACUGUUUCGUGCGACUCAGAAGGACUAUAGUGAGGCAGCUCGAUGGGUCAUCAGCCUCAUGGCAAGAUCAGGAACAGAAGCAGCAGGAGGGUUCACAGAAGCACAGCUUCAAGACCUCAGGGAGAUCAAACCGAAGAAAGACAGUGCUCAGCGCAAUGUGCUCGCGUCCAUGCUGCGCGUGCAAAGAAAAGUUGUUAGAACGAUCAACGAGAGCAUGGGUGAGCUUACCAGCCAGAGCAAAAGCAUCUGGUGGAGCCGGUGGAUCCCCAGGGAGGAGUAGGCAGGCAGGCACAGCUAUGUACAUUGUCCAGUUCUUCUGUAGCUAUGGUCAUGAUAUAUAUUUGUCCAUGGGAAACACUACGAUAAAUAUACGUAUACCGAUACGAAGAUAGAUGUACAUAUAUGUUUCACAUGGAAGCAAAGUUUUCGAGACCCUGA